GGCGUGGUGGUGCAGCCGGUGGGCAGCAGCGCGGUGCGGGUGGCCUCCCACCCAGAGCCCCACACAUUCUCAUUCGACUAUGUGGCGGGGGAUGCCACCAACCAGGAAACUAUAUUCACAGUGACGGGCAAGCCCAUCGUCGACAACUGCCUAGCGGGCUACAACGGCUGCAUAUUCGCCUACGGCCAGACCGGGAGCGGCAAGACGUACACGAUGCUGGGGGGCAGCGGCGAGGAGGGCGACGCGCCCGGCGGCGCCGGCGGCGCCGGCGCCGGCGCCCGCGACGACAGCCGCGGCCUCAUCCAGCGCGUCUUCGAGCACCUCUUUGCCCGCAUCGCGCGGGGCGGCGGCAAGUUCCUGCUGGAGUGUUCCUUCCUGGCAGAGAUCUACAAUGAGACCAUCACCGACCUGCUGGAUCCAUCCCGCACCAACCUGCAUGUGCGGGAGAACCUGGAGGGGCAGUACGUCAGCAACCUGACGGCGCACGAGGUGUACCGCGGUGGGUGCGGGGCGGCACGGUGGGGCUGGGCGGGCUGGGCCAACCGGCGGGUGGGGGAGACCAACAUGAAUGAGCGGUCCAGCAGGUCGCACAGCGUGUUCACCUGCAAGCUGCAGAGCAAGACGGUUGACCAGUACGGCACCUCCCACAUCCGCUGCAGCCGCCUGCACCUGGUGGACCUGGCAGGCAGCGAGCGGCAGAAGGCCAGCGGGGCCCAGGGGGAGCGCCUGAAGGAAGCCACCGCCAUCAACAAGUCGCUCUCUGCGCUGGGCAACGUCAUCAUGUCCCUGGUGGACCAGCAGCACGGCCGCGGCCGCCACAUCCCGUACCGCGACUCCCGCCUCACUUACCUGCUGCAAGACAGCCUGGGCGGCAACGCCAAGACGUGCCUGGUGGCCGCCGUGUCGCCGGCGGCGGUGAACGUGGCGGAGACGCUUUCCACGCUGCGCUUUGCCGACCAGGCCAAGCGCAUCAAG